AUGAAAUUUAUUAAUCUCACAGUCUUUUUCAGCUUCCUUAAGCUGAUUAAUCCAAUGAUCUACUCUGAAAUUUUUCCAGCGGUCUCAGGAGCUCCUAAUGGUGAUAUUUAUCUCCAUUUUGCUUACCCUAUACGACUCCCAGCAAAGACCGUAAUUACAAUCCAUCAGUCUUUUGCUAUGUGGCAAUACCCCUACUCUUUAAUACCCGAUAAAUGCUGAUGCAACUUUGACUAUCUCUGAUGCCAAUAUAAUGGCCAAGUCCAAUUCCAAACAUCUGUUGAAAUUCCUCCAAAUAAAAUUAUUGAAAUUUAUUUAGAUGCCGCUAUAUCGCUAUCUUUGACAGCAGCAGGAACUCAUCCUGGUUUUACUGUAACAGCAUCAUGACUAGGUGUAGAUAUAGCUCAAGACUUUAGCAGCUCUAAUACGGUCACUAUAAAGACUGCAAAUGCGUAUUCAACCCAUAACUGGCAGAUUGUAUUUGAUAUUAUGACCCCUGGAGCGAUUUCUAAUUAUGUUUUUAAGCUAACCUCAGAUAGUGAUAUAAAUCCAGGAUAUAAAAUUGUAGUUAAUUUUGGCAGAAAAGUUAGCUCAUGGAUUUGUGAGCCAAAAAAUCUGAAUAUAGCUGGUGAUAAGAAAAGUUUAUAUUAUGUAGGAUGCCAUUCGGAUACGUUAGGCGAUAUUUCUUGUAUAGCAAAACAUUGGUAUUUGAUUAUUACUGGAAUAAGCAAAACUGUUCUAGCAGGUAAUAUUAUUGAUUUCACGUUAGAGAAUUUAUGGACUCCUGUGUUUGGGUAUUUUUUAGUGAAGUAUUUUAUAUAUGUUUUUUCUUAAAUAGCCCAUAUUUUUUAUAUAUAAAAAUGUCUAUUAGCUAUUCAAGAAAAAUUUUAUAUAUACUCCUACUCCUGUCUUUUUUUAAAUUCAAAUAAUUUUUAAAUUAAUAAAUUUAUAGGGUAAUAAUAUUUUCUAUUUAAAUAAAUUUGAUACUAUAUACAAUGUGAUUAUUUGUACUAAAAUAGAAAUUUACCUCUAAUUUAAACACUGUAAUCAAGAUACUAUUUGCUUAUAUAACUUCAAAAAAAUUAUUUAAUUUAUGCUUCUUAUUUUUAAAAAUCUGCAUUUUAAUUAGCCUCAUCAGAUUUUUUUCGUUUGAUUCAAAGUGGGGAAGAAUUAGACACUAAUGAUGACGUUCAAAGUUAUACAGAUGCUGUAGGCUUUACAAUAAAUAAUGAUUUUCCUUCUGGCUAUAUUGAUUUUAAAAGCCUGCGAGUUUCAGAUAACCAUUUAUUAAAUGCAGCGAAAUAUGAAUUUGAAUUUUACGUAGGUAGCAUGAACCUUGGAAAUUAUACCGUGCUAUAUUCUUUUAAAAUUGAAUUUUUAUAUAAAUAUUCCAAUACAAAUUUAAUCAAAUAUGGCAUAUUAUAUUCUUGUGCUAUUCCCUCAGCAAUAUAAUUUCGCCAUAAAUCCACCUUUUACCUGUAAUCUCACAUAUUUUGAUGAGUCCUCCCAAACCCCUGACAAAGAAAUUUUUUGGGUUUUUUUAAGCGAUUGCAAUUAUGAUAAUAAAUACAUUGCGAUUUGGGUGCCUCCAGAAAAUACAAGGCAAUUUACAAGUAAUAUGAGACUAAAAGUAGCGAUUGAUAGUAUCAUAAAUCCCAAAUAUGCUUGCAAAAACACUGGAUUUGCAAGCUGGGAAAAUCCCAAUAUAGAAGACGAUGAUUAUGUUUCAGGAAAAUUUGAUAUAGAAAUUUUCGACCCAAGCAUAGCGAAAUCAAUUGCCAAAAGUUGAGAAAUGCAUCAUAAUGUGUACACAGGGCUUAGCAAGCCAAACAAAAUUUUCCAAUUUGUCAGCAAAGGGAGUUAUUAUAUUUCUUACUCCCCCCCCCCCUCCGUGAGCGAACAAAAAAAUUUUGUUCGCUCACGGAGGGGGGUUAAUUUUUUUUUUUAAAAAAAAUUUAUAUAUAAAUUUUAUAAAAAAUAUAUUUUUUUCGAAAUUUAAAAAAAUCCUAAUUUGCAAAAAUUGGGAAGCAAAUAUUAAUUUAAUUUGCAAAAUUUAUGUUUUAAAAACGCAAUUUGUUUAAAAUUAAACAGAAUUAGCUCUAGAUUUCAUUAUACUAAUUAUCACUUAUAUAUCAAAAUUUUUUUCCAUUAAAAUUUUUUCUAUUAAAAAAAUUUUUGUUCACUCACGGAGGGUGGGUUUUUGGUCAAAAAAUGGCGAUUUUUCUAAUGGUUUUGUUCGCUCACGGAGGGGGGGGGAGUUAA